AUGCAGACAUCUUCUCUUUCCAUCAUCCGCCACUAUUCUCCUUUCUUCCUCCGUCGCACUGGGAUUUAUCACGGCGGAUGUGACGUUCGAGCUGGAAUCGGAAUCCGCCGUAGAUUUGAUCUUCUCACAGUCUCAGCGAGACGAGAUAAUCCUGAUGUCUCUAGAAAACCCCAGCCGAGCAAAAAUAUGCUCAGAGCGAAGCAUAUUGGUAAAGACUACUCCUCCUUAGCACCGGUUCUCUCUCUGGACCACAAUCCUUCCCUCUCGGAGUCUCAGGCCAUCGGCACCGUCGCCACCGCUCAAGCGAACUUUAUGCGCGUAGUUGUCCAGGAUGACGGUGGAGCUGUCGACGGCGAUGAAGACGAUUGUUCGUCUAAGAACGGCGUUGAGCUGCUUUGCGUGGUGAGAGCUGUGCUGAAGAAGAUACGGAGGAGAGUUCUGGUUGGGGAUAAGGUUCUCGUCGGAUCUAUCGAUUGGAUUGAUCGGAGAGGAAUGAUUGAGAAUGUGUUCCAACGCCGCUCGGAGAUCCUUGAUCCACCGGUCGCGAAUGUUGAUCACUUGCUUGUUCUUUUCUCUUUGGAUCAACCGAAGCUUGAGCCAUUCACACUCACUAGAUUCUUGGUUGAAGCUGAAUCCACUGGGAUCCCACUCACACUUGCCUUGAACAAAUGCGAACUCAUUUCCGAAGAGGAAUUGGAAUCGUGGAAGAUAAGACUGCGUAGAUGGAACUAUGAACCAUUGUUCUGCAGUGUGGGGACUAAAGACGGACUCGAUGCGAUUGCAUUCAUCCUGAGGAAUCAGACUUCUGUAAUUGUUGGACCUAGUGGUGUUGGAAAGUCGAGCUUAAUCAACAUACUGAGAAGUAACUCUGGUGGUGCCAUUGAAGACGAAAACUGGUUUGAGCCUAUAUUAGGUAACAACAACAAGUGGUUUGAUGAUCAGCGAGUUGGUGAAGUUUCAAGUAGAAGCGGCAGAGGCAAACAUACAACUCGAAAUGUAUCGCUACUGCCAGUUUCUGAAGGUGGAUACCUCGCUGAUACUCCUGGAUUUAACCAGCCUAGUUUGCUGAAAGUAACGAAGCAAUCACUUGCUCUGUGUUUUCCCGAGAUACGGAAACUGAUUGAGGAAGAAAAAUGCGGAUUCAAAGACUGCUUGCAUAUUGGGGAACCAGGGUGUGUUGUGAAAGGUGAUUGGGAGAGGUAUCCUUACUACUUACAACUGCUUGAUGAGAUACGAAUCAGGGAGGAGUUUCAGCUUAGGACUUUUGGAACCAAGAGGGAAAGUGAUGUUAGGUACAAGGUGGGAGGCAUGGGUGUGAAACAAGCUGAACCAAGGCUACAGCCAAAGAAACAUAGAAGAGAGUCGAGGAAGAAGGUGAAACAGACAAUGAUCUCUGAGCUAGACGAGUUCGAAGAUGAAGAAGACAGCGACUUGUACAUCGAGGACGACCAAAUUGAGAAUGAGAAGUAG